CAAUAUCUAAAACCGCUUAUACUUGUGUGGAAGUGCUAUAUGUUCUGCAGAAAUAACGCAAUUUGACAAAUAAAUCACUUUAAUACUGUUAAAUCUUCGUACUUCAAAGUGCAUAACGCUGGUACUCAGAAGUAGGCACCAGCCUCGUGAGUGUUUGUAGGCACGGCUUGCCUGGGCAAGCGUGGCUCGACGUGCUGACGUCACAUCAGGAAAACGAAACAAACAGACGGAGUUUCCCGAGAAGUGAGAAGCUCCGAAAGUCAGAAAUCAGGAGGUGUCAGCUUUUUAAGAAAGCCGCAUCUCGGAUUGGAGGGCAGCUGGUCGCCGUCCCCCGCCGUGUCUCCACCUCUGAGCUGGUUUUUCUCUCUUCGGGUUCCGAAAACGACCACUGGACCGACCUGAGCCGAACGAACCGAACCUGCAUCACUAAAAGGUACGAGAGGAUCAAUUAUUCUGUUAUUGUGGCGAAAGAUAAAGGAACAGUGAGGAAGAGGAGGAGGAAGAUGGUUAUUGAGAAAUGGCUCAUUCAAAACCACUGCUGAUCCCAUGGCUCAAGUCCAGCAUCGACAGUAAGAGGUAUCCAGGCGUCCAUUGGACCAACCCUGAGCAAACCGAGUUCUGCAUCCCAUGGAAGCACGCGCUGAGGCAGGACUCCUCCAAUGAGGAUGUUCUCAUCUUUAAGGCCUGGGCGGAGGUGAGCGGGAACGGCCGGGCUCAGGGAGACCCCUCCGUCUGGAAGAGGAACUUCCGCAGCGCCCUGAGAGCGAAGGGCUUCAAAAUGGUGUCCGACAACAAGAACGACGCCGCCAACCCACAUAAGGUCUACCGCUGGCCGGAGGAGUCGGCGUCAGGAGCCCCAUCGUCUUCUAGAUCCCAGGAGCAAGAAGACGCCAAUGUUCUGAACGGCUACAAUCCCCAGGGGAGUGGGGUUGUGCCAUUCUUUACUGGACCUAUUUAUAACCCAGAGGACAUUCUGAUCGCAGCAGAAAGCCCAGGCAGCCAGGAUAUCCUCCAGGAGUGUCUGAGAGGACUGAACAUCAGCCCUGGAGCAGAGGGCACCACAGGCUUUCAGCCUCCUACUGAGCAACAGCAGCUGCAGAAUCAGCUCGUGAUUGGUGCGCACCCGUUGCCCGGGCAACAGCAGGAUCCAGUGAUGUUUGAGGGUGCAGCCCGUGAAACUGGGUUGCCAGAGCAACCGGCACGUCCAGCAGGGGGGGGAGCGGCGGAGGGGGGGAGCUACGGCGACGGGCAGCAGGCAGCGCAGUUCCUAGAAACGGUGAACCAGACCAGAGAUGGAGAUCAUUUCAAGACUCAUUUCAGGGUGGCUGUGUUCUACAGAGGGGUGAAGGUUUCUGAGCAGGAGGUUCCCAACGAAGCUGGACUUCGCUUAGUUUACAGGCCUGAUGUAAACGAUGCAGUUUUGGAUCAUGAGACGGGCCUCUGCAUCGUCUCUCUGCCGCGCCCGGUUGGCAUCCUGGAUCAAAUCCAAGCCUCUCUGACCCAAAGGAUCCUGGACAGCCUGGGCAGCCUGGAUGUGGGCAUGUCGCAGCACGUGAUCUACGGCCAGCGGCGCGGCGACGUCAAAGCCUACUGGAGCUUCUCCAAGUUUGACAGCAGCAUGCAGCCGCGCGAGAUUUCUAAACUGAAUCCUGAACCUCUUUACCAGGUGAAGGACUUCAUCCGAGGAUUAAUGGACUUUUUUGAUGGGAAGGAAUCCCCAGCGUCCUCCAUGUUCUUCUGUCUCGGGGAAAAGUGGCCUGACCCGGAAAACAAGCCUUGGGAGAAAAAACUCAUCAUGGUGGAGGUGGUUCCCACUUCAAUGGAGCUUCUGAAGAACGCAGCUGUUGAAUGUGGCGCCUCCUCCCUGCGGUCUGUGGAACUGCAGAUGUCACUGGAGGAAAUGAUGGAUCUUUACUGAUGAGUUUGUUUUUGUCCCUCUUUCAAUGUGAGGACAUCUCAGUUUAUUAUGUUUUUAUUUGACGCCAAACAGAUCCUGCAGAAAUAAUCACCACAUUGUCGCUGCGUUAGCUGGGACUGAACAAAGUAAUGCACGUGACUAUAAAUAUGUUUGUUUUUCUCCUUUAUCUUUGGAUUUCGAUACACAAAAUGAAUAAUUUGUAAAACUUAUUUGAGUCCCUUCAAAAAUAUGGUAGUUUUAAAAUAAUUUCUUGCAAUGAAAACAUCCACCACAGAUUCUAAUUCACUCGUUGGUGAUUAUAUUGUCCUGAUUAUGAUCUUAUUUACUGCAGAAAAUAAUAAAUGUUUUCAUCUGAGUUUAGUCUUCAUCUGGACCCAUUUGUUCUUGUUUCUUGUUUUAAUUUUUUAAACUACGGAUUAACUGUUUUCCCUUUUCUUAUGUCAUUUCUUGUUUCACAUCUGCAUUUAUUAAAUGCCAUGUUCUUCUAUUUUUCCCAUUUUGAAUUGUCAUAUGAUGUUUCAACAUGAUGGAAACAGGAUGUCAUGAAUAACUAAUAAAAAAUUUACAGAUUGUCUUUUUAACCCAUAAGAACGGUUUAGAAAAUGCUUCAUUACUGUCCAUUUGAAUUUACUGUGAAAUUUAACUAAUUUAGGCUUUAGGCCACUAGGGGGCAGGACAUUUCUAAUAUUAGCCUUGCUGUGUGCUGAAUAUGCAUCAACAGGCAACAGUGGUACAUUUGACGAUUGUUCUUUUAUUUCAAUGUGGGAUUGUGCUACUGCAAAAAAAUGUGAAUUUGUCUCAGUUUGUUUUCAAAACAUGCUGCAGUUUUAUAUUCAUCUGUGCUCCAUGAUGUCCUGUUACAUUAAAUAAUUGCUGCAAGCUGUAAACUUAAUCUCAUGUUUGUAAUCUUGGCUGAUCAAGAAAUACUGGAUAACUUUAGAAAGGGCCAUCUUUUUAAUACACAGAGAACAAACUGCAAUAAAACACUGAUGUCAUAAUCACAACGAAACUGAUUUCUUCUCAGGAACUACAACACAAAUAAGAAGUGAAAUCUGAAGUCAGACCAAUGUGAAAGGUGCUCUACAUCUUGUUUCUUUAAAUCCUCUUUAUCCAUCCGUCACUGACAAACAAUUUCAUCUUUUGUCCUCUGUUGUUCCAAUCAGAGCAUCCCAUUCCUGUACCGACCAAACUGGAGAAAUUAAAUGUUUACAAAACCAAAUCAAUAAAGUGGAUUCAUGAGGUU